GGGCGUGAAGUGUUUGGGGGAGGGACUCCAUCAUUUAGAGAAGUGACCAGUUCCUGGUUUACCAGUGAAGAAGAAAGAGAGGCAGCGUUAAACCAUCAGAUCCUCCAACAUGAACGUGGGUCAGUCUCUGAUCUGCUUCUUCUUCCUCACACUGCAGGAUGGAAACAUCGGUCUCAUCAAUGCAGAAAUCAUCAAGAGAACAGGAACUGAAGGAGGAGACAUCACAGUUAGAUGCUUCUUUACUUUCCCUGGACAUAGGAAAAUCUUCUGUAAGGGUGAAUGUAAAGAAGGAGACAUUCUCAUUGAGACAGAAAAGGACACAGCUCAGAGAGGCAGAUACAGCAUCAGAUAUAAAGAAGGAUUAUUUCCAUUACAUAACACAGUUCUGUAUGUGAGCAUCAGAAACCUGACUCAGUCAGACUCAGGGCGGUACAGAUGUGGUUUGGACCGAUCUUCUUAUUCCCACCAUCAUACCAGGAGAUUGAGCUCCGAGUUCAGAGGGUGAGUUUCUACUGAGAGUCAUGUUAUUA